AUUGACAGAUAUGUUAUUAGUUUGUAAGAAAAUGACGAAAGGAAACUAUCCCUACAAAUUAAUAAGACCUAAGUAUAUGAUCGAUCGUAUGAUACAAUUCCCAAAGUACAUAAGCAAGACUAAUAAAGAUCUGUCCGGGCUAGUGUACGUCGUAGUGGACGACGUGGGGUCAUCUUACACGAGUUUCGUCCUGUCAGAGACAGCCAAAGACCCGAAUCCCUUACAAACGCUUCGAACGUGGGAACUAAAAGUAAGGGAGGCGAAAAUGUCUUAUGAUUUGAGUGUUUGGUUCGCGAGGAACCCUCACCGUGACCUCAGCGAAAUGGAAAUGGAUUCGUCAGAUUACAGCAUUUUCAGCAGGGGUACUCCGGAAGACUCCAUCGCGGAGACCGAAGCGAGGGAGCGGGUCGCUGUGAUGUUGCAUAGGAGUAUUGGUACUUCCACUGAAUAUGACAUCACUCAGUCCAUCACUACAGACUCUUUUGAAGGUUGUAGCGGGAAGCCGGGUAGAGCUGGUCUGCGACACCUCAUACACCGGACGUCCACAGCCAGUUCUCGCAACUCACGCUUGUCCAGUUUCCAACAGUCCACCAGCGCGGCUUCGCACGACGAGCCGCACGCUGGUCCCAGUCGUCUCUACAAGCCAGGGAUUUCCUGUGAACACACCAUAUUACCACCACACGGCACAACAAACAUAACGUCGAUCACGGUGAACGUCGUCAGCGAGAGUGAGUCGGACACGGCCGUCUCCACGCAGCAGGAGGUGUCUCAGGCUUCGAAGAGUCCGGACAAGUCGUCGGAGUCCCAGAAGACGCUUCAAGUACAGACGCAGAACAACGUGGUCACCCUGGUGCACAGCCUGCCAGACCUCACCAUAGAACCUUCAACACCCAGGUCUACAUCCAGUCCAACGGUGGCGUCCGCGUCGGAGAAGCUGUACCAAUCACACCAGGAACUACUGCAGCGGAAUCGCCUGGUCGUGGCGCAGCAGCACCAGUAUCUGACACCAGAUCAUAGAGGGAGUAGCUACCCACCACCUAGUCCAACGAGGGCGUCAUUAAAGCGUGGACUAGCCUUCUCGUAUUCGUUCAAGAACCCUCCGUUGACGAAGAUGGGCCACGUCAACAGUCAGUCACAAGUCCAGGUGGAAACCGCUUCCACUUCUUCUAGUCAUGGGAAGAUCGAUAUAUCACCCAGCCCCAAAGCAGGUUCAGAAAAGAGCGAGAAGAAGACGAAACUAAUGAGCAGCAGAAACAAGGACGCCGAUGACGACGAGCAGGCUGGGCCCAGCCGUGGGGAGGAUAGGCGCGAAUGAGACGAGGACCGACCACGUUGGGCGUGGCUGUUCUGCUGCUGCAAGUAGUUGGGAACAUUUUAUUAUAUUAUCUGUUGAGAAGAAGACAUUGCAUCCGGCUCUUCAUUUAAAAGUGUAGAAUAUACUAAGUAUAAGCGUGUAUAAUGUAUAUUUAGAACUUGUCCGUACUGCGAAUUUUUACCGCGAGAUAUUUAUUAUUGCGAAUUCAUCCAUAUUAAUCAUCAGCUGUGCGGAUACCGGAAAAAACCACGCGGUUAAUAUUCGCAGUGCGGACAAGCCCUUAUAUACGAAUGUUUCGAAUUCGAAAAUUACUAUUGAUUCUCUUACUAUUUAAAAAGGUGUCAAUUGCUCAAGGAAAUGCGUUGCGUCUGUUUACGCCAGAGCGUAAUACUUAGCUUAAUUAUAAGUGAUAUAAUAAUUCUUGGAAGUUCGAGUAUUUAACCAUUUACAGUGUGGAAUUUAUAUCACUAAACUACCGUUAUGGAUGUUAAAAACGAAUAUUUUCUAUACCACUAUUUGUAGAGGCGUGCUAAAAUUGAAAUUGAUCAUACGUAGGUAAAAUAGGUAUCCAGAUACAAAGUCUUGCCAAGCAUUUAAAAACUUUUAAGCUUUACUUGGUGUCUAUAUCCUCAGUGUCAUUAUCGAUGUUUAUUAUAGCAUACUUACUGUGAGUUUUCCAGCGUAGAGGACGUAUCUUUGUCCGAUACGCUGGAAAACUCCAGAUCGCAUAACUUAUAAGUUAUGUUAAUACAUUUAUUAGUAGGUAAAUGUUUUAAGGUGUAAUGCAACAAAGAAAAGACAAAGCAGUUAUAUUCAGUAGCUCUUUAUGGAACGAAAUAUAAACAAGAACUCGCUUAC